ACACAUCAUCAAUUACUUCCAAGAGUAAAAGUUAACCACACCACUUUUUUUUUAAUCUCAAUGUCAUCUUAUAUUGCAGUCAGCAGAAAUUGAAGAAAACUUGAAUCUGUUUCAACCAAGCAAGAGAGAUGGGUGGCAGAGUGGCUUCUUGUCUAAUCUUGCUUCUUCUAUUCCUUGUUAUGUUUGAUGAAGCCUCAGCUGAGGUUGGUGAAAAGAGCAAGCAAAUGGAGGCUGAAUCUGCAGAUAAUGGUGUCAUAAAAAUGGUGACCAAAAUGGCAUACAAUUCCCAAGAACUGAACUCCAUGGCUGACCAACAACAUCAUGCUGAUGAUUCUUCAUCAUCCCAUAUGGAGCACAUGAACGACCCUGCACAGAUUUUCUUCACCAUAAAUGACCUGAAAUUAGGCAAAAAACUGCCUCUCUACUUAGCCCCAAAAGACCCUUCAACCUCUCCUCCCAUGGUGGCCAAAGAAAUUGCUGAUUCAAUCCCUUUCUCGCUCGAACAACUCCCUGAAAUCCUUAGAUUCUUCUCUUUCUCCCCAGGCUCCCGCCAAGCCCGAGCCGUGGAAACUACACUCCAUCAAUGCGAACACAAACGCGUCGAAGGAGAGACCAAGUUCUGCAGUACCUCCAUGGAAUCCAUGGCGGAUUUCGCCCGCUUAGCGUUAGGCUUGGCCUCCAAGUCCUCUCUCAAACAUUUGGUAACAACCCAUCUCACCAAACCCCGUCCCCCUUAUCUCCAAAACUACACUCUCCUCCAAAUGCCGAACGCAGUGACCAAGUUCUUGGCUUGCCACUUAAUGACGUAUCCCUAUGCGGUUCACUAUUGUCAUUACCUACACGGUGGCGACAAGGCGCUGCAAAUUCUAUUGGAAGGCGAUAACGGAAAUGUGGUAAUGGCUGCAGCCGUUUGCCACAUGGAUACGUCGGGUUGGACGCCGGACCAUGUGUCGUUUCGAGUGCUCAAAACCAAACCAGGGAUCGUCCCGAUCUGCCAUAUCUUCCCACCCAACGAUCUUAUAUUGAUUCCUAUGUGAAUCGUAAUCGUCCUGUAAUUAUGACAUUUCUAUCGUUAAAAGUGCACUUCUUUCCUCUAAGUUAGAGGUAGAUGGAGCUAUAAUCUCGCUUUUAGCAAGAUUGUAUUAUUAUUAUUACUACUACUAUUUUAUUAUUAUUA